CUCCUUCAGGUCUUUUCUCAUUAAUCUCCGAGUGCAAAUAGUCACCACAAUCCACGCAGAAACUCCAGCACGUGGAAACCCAAAGUGACUCGAUUUAUCCGAGGUGAACCGAAGGCUCAACUUUCUACAGUCGAAGCCGAGUGGAGUGACCAUAAACCAAACGGAGGGGAGGAUACCAACUGACCUGAGUGCAGCCGGACACGUUGAGCUCUACUUGCUUAAAAGACAUUCCCGGCAGAGCUCAGGAUGCGAGUGACCUCCUCUCUCCUCAUCGGCCCCCUGCUCCUCCUCCUGCUGGCGUCCGUCGAGAUGAGGCCAGGGAAGGACAAAGGAGCGACGGAUAAACUCACACGGAACAGGAUGAGAGGCGCCAGGCGUCACAGCAGAUCGGGCCCCUCCAGGCCGGUGGCCCCUGACUGCUCGGAGUUGACAGAAUCUGGAGACGUCUUCAUAGACUGUCAGGACCGACGCCUCACCACCACUCCCACCUCGCAGACCUGGUCCCAAAAACCAAAGCACCUCCUUCUUGCUCGUAAUAAGAUCAAAGUCCUCCGUGAAGAUGCCUUCUCUGGAUUUGAGAGUUUAACCAGUCUGGACCUGCAGCAGAAUCAGAUCUCGUUAGUGGUGGAAGGGGCCUUCGAGGGGCUGACACGCCUUAAAACCCUGCUGCUGCAGCACAACCGCCUGGGAACACUUAGCGAGGAGGCCCUCAUCCCCAUGCCCAACCUCCGCUACCUACGUCUCUACGACAAUCCCUGGAGUUGUGUCUGCGCGAUGGACAGCCUCAUACGCACCCUUCAGGUCCCGAGCAACCGUAAUCUAGGAAAUCAUGCCAGGUGCGCAGGGCCCGCCUGGGUGAAAGGCAUGAAGCUGAAGCAGAUUGACCCUAGGUUACUUUGCAUGGAGACAUUGCCGGGCGACAACCAAACAGAUCCCACAAACCCCGUGGACCCCAUUCCCAUCCGCACGAAACCAGACGCAACCACAACUUGCCAUACUUAUCUUUUCCCCCAAAUACGGAUGGACUGCAGUAACCGAGGUCUAACCGAGGUGCCUGCAGGUAUUCCAGAGGACGUUGUUCAUAUGGAUUUGUCCCAUAAUUCCAUACGUCAUCUGAAAGCCAAAAAUUUCCAAGGAGCAAGGAGCCUUAGAACCCUUGACAUCAGUCAUAAUAACCUGGAGCACAUUGACAAAGCUUCCCUGUUUGGGCUGCUGCAUCUACUUGAGCUGGACCUGUCCAACAACAGCCUGCGUUUUGUCCACUAUGGAGUUCUUGAGGACCUUUACUUCCUGUCAAAGCUAAAGCUGGGAGAUAAUCCCUGGGUGUGCGACUAUAGCAUCCACUACAUGGCGUACUGGCUACAACUGCACUCAAAAGUGAGACACUCUGGCCUCUGGUGUCAAUCUCCUCCCGAACACACCGGGGAGAGCGUAGCAGAGUAUGUGUAUUCCUACAACAAGGAGUGUCCGAAGGACAGACAGCACAGCAGAUCAGAUGAAGACCAAACGGACCCUGAACUAUGGAACACAGCAAUGGAAGUGCAGGGAGAACUGGAGGAGCUGGAGCCGAGCCACUUGAGGGGGCCGCAGAAGUACCAGAUCAUCAGGCUCUCCUGAAUCAAGUCAAACGGUGUCCUAAAAUUUGAUGUUGAAAAGCCUAUUUGUUUUCUGUUCAUUCUUCUCCUUUCACUAUCAUAAAUAACACUGUCUGUAUCAGAUGGAAAAACAACAUUUUUCCGUGUUGUUUUCAUGUUUGCUGUCUUUUUAAUCUGAAUAUAAGAGCUGACGACAAUUUA